GGUCUCCCCAGCAUCAGGAGGGGCCUUGCGCUUCCCCAUCAUACCCGCGGGCAGUAAUCAGUGGAGCUGUAUCUAUGUAAAUAGAUUCGCAUCGCUUACUCUGAUGGCGAGCAAACGAAGAUGAGCAGCGCGCCGUUCACCUUCCUCUCCUUCGGUAGCUCCGUCGGAAACAGGACGCCGAACAAACCGGCCAUGAAGAAUUUUCUUCAGCCACUGUCCCUCCUGCAGCUCCUGACCAAUAUCAUCCUCGUCCAUGGCGGAACCACAGUCGCUCCCCAACCAGCCGUUGCCCGAACGGGCGGCUACGCUGGCACUCCCACGACACCAACCGGGUUCGAUUUGGUCUCGACCGCCCCCAACACUGACGGGACAGUAUCCGCUUCGGAGAUGAAAAGUCCGUACGAAGAAACAUAUGUUUUCAACAAUCAAUUCAGCCUUGAUGCCCCAAAGUAACGCGAUUAAUUACUACGGCGCUACGGCGUAUGGCGUUAUUGCUACCUGGUUUUGGCACACGAAUACCGGGCCGUACCAGUGGAUACAGUUCCAAUUUGCGAAUGGCGCGAAGAAAAGAGUCGAUCGCUACACCGUGCGGGUUUAUACGGCGGAGAAGGAUUCCCCGACGAUGUGGACGUUGAAGGGAUCGAACGAUGGCGUAACCUGGACGGAUCUCGACCACCAAGCGAACGUGAAUUGGAUGGGUCCGGGCUACAUGUGGGAACACGACAUUCCCGCCACCGUAGCAUCGGAUUUCAACAUCUACCAGCUCCUGAUACAAGACGUCAAAGGCCGGCAAGAUGGAUCAAAAUACGUCACGUUGGCGGAUUUACUGCUCUAUGAGAACACGAGUGGCUCCCCUGCACCUCCUGCACCGACACCUUCUCCUUCCCCCCCGGCGCCGGCGCCCGCAACGGGAACGGCGCCUACUCCAGCUCCGGCGCCCGCUCCAUCCCAGCCGGCGCCCGCUCCAUCCCAGCCGGCGCCCGCUCCCGUCCCUCCUGCUCCGGCGCCCGCACCAGCACCCGCACCCGCACCAGCACCCGCAACACCCCCUGCGGGACCAGUACCUGGAUCGCCCGAGUAUUGGGCGGCACGACGAGCGGCGUGCCCGCACAGCGGGAACAUCAAAAAAGUCGUCGAGGGAAACAAUCGAUGCUUGAAGGAUGCAAUAGAAGACGAACGGCGGCAGGCGAACAACAAGCAGAAGCAAGAGUGGCAGGAUGACAAGGACGGGAAAACGAUGGUGUUUCUGGCGACUGUGUUUCCGGCGCUUGUGAUCGUAAGUCAUUUAUUUCGUAAAAUGCUUGUGCUUUCUUGACUACAUUGAUCCCUGGCGUUGAUGAAGAUGGAGAUGGAGGGUUCAACCGGCCAGGAUCAGUACUUUCAGCUAGGAACGUAGCUGCCCAGUUCCGAACAAACUUUUUCCACACAAUCAGAUUUUCUUCGUCUGCGGAACCUUCUUCUUUCUCCGCAUGAAAACGCUGUUCGCCCCGGUCGAAAACGCAGAAGAGCAGAAAAUUUGCGAAGCCGCCGUGAGUUCCGACACACAGGGGAUGCAUCGGUUUUGUGCCAGCUUGAUCGGGUUUAUCGUGGGCCCGCUAGUCUGCUUGUUCGUCACCCUCGCCUUAACAGAUUCCGCGACAUUGGAGCCCGGGCCACAAAGCGAAAUCGCGGGGGUCAUUAAGGUCGGAGAAUUUGGGCGCAACGAACCAACGGGGUCAGGGUAAGUUGGAAAAUUUUUAGUGCUGUUGUAAGUAGCCAGCUUGCCUUGUUGGCACAGCUACUGCCAACGCCCUAAAGCGCGCUUCUUUACAACUAAUUCAUUCAAUUUUUUUUGUCUGCUCAUUCUUGUCCGUCGACUUCCAAACUUCACAGUCACGACACCAACUUGCAGUAGCUCCGCGCAUCGUCGUGCGAAUAAAUAACCACCUCCACCAGGUACACCUGUCUCAACGAAUGCGAACUUGGGAGUUGUGUCAUGGGAUACGGCCCGUGUGCGAUGCAGGGAGCUUUCCAAAAAAAGAAAAUGUGUCGCAUCGAUGAUCAUUCGUGGAAUUGCGUGCGCGUCGAGUGGGUCGAAGAAAAGUGCGGUCCGUAUGCGUACGACACGUGUGAGACGGUCAACGAGGGGUUCUACGUGACAGGGGUAUUUGAAUGUCAAUUCUUUUGUAAACACACAUCGCACUGGGCAUCUAUCGGGCAGCAAGCAAGGGUGGGAAUGAAAAUGAAGCUGAGGUCGAACUAUGUUGCCGUAUUCUCACCUUCCCUAAGCUAGAAUCGACUUCAACAGGUCUUCAUCUACUACGUCCUCGUUCUCGCGCUCCUCUUCAAGUGGAUGAAAAAGCCCCCCACAAGGGAAAAAAUCACCCGCUCUUACAAAAAACAAAUCCGGACGUUGCGCAAUAUCGAGCUCGCCAUGUUCUUCGUGUGGAUCUAUUACGGGGGACACACGGCGUCGCUUUCAGCGUGGUUCGCUGCGAUGUAUGAUUUCAUUCUCAAAGCCUUCAACAUCGAGGUGUCCCUCUACGCAGAAGCACGAGAUUACUUCAAGGAGGCUUCGAACGCCGGUUUCGCCAAUGCGGCACAGAAAUUCGUGCGCUUGCUGCUGUUUGGCUAUCUCAGCAGAACGGACACGGUUUACAACAGGGCGGUGGGACCGAAGACGAAAUUGCUGAGUGCGGGGAUCGCGUUCUUCGUAAUUGAUUCUUUUGAUUUUCUGCGUUUUGCCUCGAUGUUUUUUGAACGUGAGCGUGGCACACGCACAAAUUCCUAACGAUCUACAUGCUAUCUACACCAGCAUGCGUGUCGUGCAUCAAAUUCAUUCAUCGGAAUAAACCGUGACCGGCCGCAUUUGCAACAAUCAGGUCGUUCUCUGGACCCAAGUGGACCGCGCCAACGACCUCCGCAUGUUCGCAUCCAAAGAUCAGCGCCUCCAGCACCAUGGCGACGUUGUCAUGGGGAUCGCAAGCUUCUUAGUCGCAGCGAUGGCCGCUUUCGGCUGGACCAAGAUUCAAGCGGUGUAUUGCUACUUCUUCAUCUGUCGCGAACUCAUAGACGUCACCGCGUACACGAAAUCUGACACCCUGCCCUGGUAUGACAGGAUAGUGGACGAGAUACGUAGAGAAGAAGAGGCACGAGGAGGGUGCUGUUCUUGCUGCUCCUGCUGUCCUGGGACACCGACGCCGGUGGGCCAAAAAAUAGACCCACAGUCGCCGGCGACCACGGUGGCAAUGGUCGGGACGCCAGCGGUGGUUCAGGGAGGUGCGACGGGUGCUGGGGUUGUGAUGAUGACAACUACGCAGCAGCCGAUGGUGCAGGUGCAGCAGGCAAGUAAUAUGAUGCCAGUGCAGACAGGAGGGAUGAUACAGAUGCAGCAGCCAAUGGUGGCACAAGCACAACCAGGAGUCGUGGUACAGCAGCAGGGGCAAGCCGUAGCAGGGGCAGGGGCAGCGCAGCCAGUGAUGAUGACAAUGGAGCAGUUUCAGCAGUUCCAGCAAAUGCAGAUGAUGCAACAGCAGGGCGGAGUGGUGGUCAUGCCACAGGCCGCUCAGCCGGCAGGAACAGCGAUGCAACCAGUGCAGCAGCCCAUGAUCGUGGUAACACAGAAUUCGGCUCCCGAUACGAGGACGGAGGCAGCGAAGGUAGCCGAGGCAGCGUGAAAGUAGAAGACGAGACGGGAACGCAAUUGCGAGUUUUGAGUUUUUGACUAGAAGUGGUUGUCUCCACGAGGGUGUUUGUUUGUUCUGCAGAAUAUGUUUUUACAAGAGCAACUCAAUUAGAUGGGCGUCAUAGUAGCUCCGGUACUAGUUAAGUAGCGCACCGAUUAAUCUUCAGCAGCCUGGAUGAAGACUUCUCCUUUCCAGAGAACAGAACUACUUUUGUAUAAUGACGAUGCGCGCACACGCACCGAAAACAAACGCAUUGAGUCGUGAUUCUCAGAAUUCCUUCCUUGUACUCCCUUUCUUUCUCUCAGGCGGUACUACUUAUGGAAAGCAAGGCGUGCUCCUGGCAUUUGAUCAGAAGAUCCCAGGUACCACUCAACAAGUAAUUUUCGCCCCGAAUUACAGCAGAGACCUUAGUUUCGUAGUUUUGUAGUUUCAUGUUUCAACUAGCGUCCAGAUAGAAAAUAGCAUACAACUAAGUUUCAUAGCAUAUCGGCAGAGCGAGCCCCCACUCACUGUGGGGAGUCGGUCUGCCGUUGAGUGAUACAGUGAUGGUUUCGCAGUUUCCUGUUGCGUUAGGGUAAGGUAUGAGGGUAGCGUAGUUAGAGUGAAAGCAGAACCCGUAGCGUAACAGAGACACCCAUAGAGGAAACGGUUAGGCCUAUACGCAUGAACCAACAUAAUUAGUGCAGAAAAGAAUUAUAAUAUAAAUAAAGAACAACCAUGCACUUUUUCACUUAGAACAACCUUGACAGGGAUGGUAUGCGUUUUUUCACUUAGAUGAGCGCAAAAAGCACACCGAGGAUCCGCCAAGGGUCAAGCAAGCGC